CUCCACCCAAUGGGACAGGAAACUCCGCCUGAUGUUCUGGUGAGGGACGAGUUACUGGCGUGAUGAGUGCUGAGUGGGGCUAUGGCAGCACCCGCAGCACAAGCUCAGUUCCCGUCACGUCCCGUCCCCUCCGGACCCCCAGGAGGUGUGUGCUGGUCCCUGCUGCCGCCCCCGCCCCCCCUUGCUGCCCCUGCCCGAGGGAUGCCGAGCCUGCACAGAGCCACACGGCUCCUGGCACCACCAGCUGCUGCCCUCAGCCCAGGCAGGGCCAGCAGCUCCUGCUGCUGCUGCUCCCCUCCGAGGUGCCAGCCCAGGCAGCGGGCAGGGAUUCAACUCCUGCGGGAUGGGGGGCACAGGGAUGGCACUGCGGAGGCUGUGGGGCAGAAGGGAGGCAGCAAAGAGGUCUCUGCCCACGGUGUUGGAUACAAGGAGGGCGUUUGCCCUUUCUGCAGAAACAGCCGGCCGGGGAGCAGUGCAGGCUGCCCUUCCCUUCCUCCUCACCCAGUGAAUGGCCGGACAUUUGCCGAGAUGGAGAUUAAGGCACACGUGUAUCCGGAUUUCUGCCUCACGGUGCCUGUGAGAAAGCAGCGGGCACGUUGGAAACCUCCCCAAGCCCCGUCCCUCUGCUUGGGGGAAGCUGAGGUGGGCGGGAAGGGGCUGCCAGAUCCUCCGCCAGCAGCAGUGGUGCCAAGGCAAGGCACCUGCUCACCCAUCAUGGAGUGCCUUGGAAAACAUGUCCCUCCCUCCCCGGAGGAGGUGUCCCUGUGCUGAGAGUGUCCCAGCUGUCCAGAGCAGCCCCUUGCCCUGCAGACAAAGAGCAGGCACAGAGGCGCCCGCCCAGCCCAGCGCCUUGGCAGGGCAGAGAAGUGAGCCAUUGUCCCCCAGGCCACCAGCACCAGCUGCUGCUGAGGACCAGACCAGCGGACACUGCCUGGCGGGACGCAGCAGAGCCGGCUGUGGCUGCACCAGGGCUGUGAUGGUGGGGCCAGCAGCAGCCCUGGUCCUCCUCUGCAUGGCCAUGGGGCUGGAGGCCAGCCCAGAGCUCUCUGGGUACCUGCGCAAGGUGCUGAGGAACCACACUGCCCACACCUGCGACGGUGAGCAGCUCCUCAUUGUCUGCCCUCGCAAGACCACCAUCAGCAUCCUCAGCGCCUUCUACGGCCGCCGCGUGCCCAGCCCCAACCUCUGCCCCAGCCCUGGCAAUGCCUCCCAGGAGAGCACCGAGUGCACGUCCACCACCGCCCACCUGAAGCUGCAGGCCGAGUGCCAAGACCAGCAGUGGUGCCAGUUCUCCGUGCACAGUCAGGUCUUUGGGCCAGACCCAUGCCCUGGGACGCACAAGUACCUCAUUGCUUCCUACAAGUGCAGGCCAGGGAACCAUCGGGUCAAGACUGUGUGUGAGAACGACAAGCUGAGGCUGCAGUGCAGACCAAAAUCCAUCCUGGCCAUUUAUUCUGCAAAUUACGGACGAUUCCUGCGGGGGAAACCAGAGUGUGAUGCCCUGAAUGCUGGCAGGCCCCAUAUAGAGUGCUUGGCUCCGGACGCCCUGCGGAGGGUCUCCAAGAAGUGCCACCGCAAGGGGAACUGCACUGUGGCUGCUGACCAGGCCACCUUUGGGGACCCGUGCCUCCCUGGCAUGAAGAAACAGCUGAGAGUCUCCUACACCUGUGUGCCCAAGCAGCUGCUGGAGGAGGUGGGCCCUGACACCUCAGACCCCUUCCUGCUCUCAGACUACAUGCACGGUGGCUGGUACAAAGGGCCCAGAUUCUCCAGGCUCCGGGAAGACCGGAUGAUUUUUACUAGCUCUCUGUCAACUUUUGCCUACCUCUGGGGUGUCCCGGAGAAAGCCGGCCUCUACUUCCUUUGCGGGGUCUCGGGAGGCCUGAUGCUCCUGCUGUGCAUCGUCAGCCCCAAAACCACCUUCCUCCAGGAGGUGGGGGAGGCUCUCAAAGACCCGGAGCUGGGGAGUAGCUCGGAGCUGAGCAGGGCCAAGCUGCGGGAUGAGCAGGAUGAAGACCUUCCUGACGACAGCUCCUCAGACUCCUCCUUCCGCCGCCUCACCCACACGUACCGGGCCACCGACAGCAUCUUCAGCCCUGAGCUGACAGCAGCCAUGGAGGGAGCAGCAGAGCACCAGGGCCGUGGUGGGGAGGAGAUCUGGAUGCCCAAGGAGUCGAGCCCGUAUGCCAUCCACAAGAUCAAAUCAGCCACCAAAUAAGAACUGGAUAAAAAACAGCUGGAGAGCAGUGAGUGUGGAGACAAAGUGGGAUCUGAAAUCAGAAUUUGGGCUCCUCGGGGUACAUGGGCAUCCUGAGUGGCAACAGGACCUCUGCAGCCCCAGUGUGGCCAUCAGCCCACUGCUCCACCAGCCUGGAAACCCCAAACCCAGGGAUAAGAUGCACUCCCUGGCUGUGACAAGGGGCUGCGGGGUGGCCGGUGGGUCUGCUGGCCCCCUUGCCACAAGCACGCUGCCUAACCCUAAGCUAACCUCACCAUUCGGCUCGGCUGGCUUGUCCUUAACCCUGCUCGGCCACGCUGAGCCGCCCUGAGCCCUUCCAGGCUGUUUGCUCCUGUUUGUUCUCGGGUGCUGCCCCAGGCGCCGCAGCUGCCGCCGCCAGAAAUGACCCGGGGGGGGGGGAUGGAUGCGGGAUGAGCGGGUCGGAGGGCAGCGAGCCCAGCCGGGUGCGGCACAGCCGUGUCCCCGGGAGCUGCACCCGGGGCUGCCGGCACCGCGCCGGGUCUCACCUCCCUGCCGGUGCUUGUCCCCUCCUUGCUCUCUGCUUUCCUUCACGCUUCCCCCGCUGGCCGGAGAGCCCUGCGGUUAUCUUGCUGGGGCUUCUCCCAGUAAAUAAACGCAACAGCUCGUAGACAGAACGUCCCUCCCUGACCUCUGCCAGCAGUAGUGGAAGGGCAGGAAAAAGGAAGCGGCGAAGCUCAGCCGCCCCCGUGCGGAUCAGCUCCCUGCUCCCGCCGGUGCUCCCGGUGCUGGGCCACGGGGAGCAACAAGUUAGGCCUGUUUUAGCAUGGGAAAGGAUGAGGUUUUAGCCUGGGGAAAGGGAGGAAAAGCAGUCCGUGUGGAUCCCAUGAACGAUGCUUCCCUGCCCUUGCUCCAUCUCUCGAGCCCGAGGCUCUGUCUGAGCAGUCCUGGAGCGAAUGUCCCCAGAUGCCAUGCAGAGGGGCUCUCGGCAGCCCCACAGUGCCAGGGAGCCAGGCUGGUCUGGGGGCUGCUCCAGCUUUG